CUAGAAACUUUCUCUAAAUUUGGAGAGUAGAGAUAUUGCAACACAAUCAUAUCAAACAUUGCUUCAUACAAUGUCCAUAAAAGAAUGCAGCCACCACGACGACGAAGACCGCCGCCAACUCCUCCACCGCAUACUGGCGGCGAUAGCAUCACUCAUAAUUCUAAUACUCGUAACGAUCUUCUUAAUAUGGAUAAUUCUCAAACCUACAAAACCACGUUUCACAAUCCAAGACGCCACAAUUUACACGUUCAACAUCUCAUCUCCAAUUUCUUCACCUUUUCCAACACCAAACACACUUACUCUCACAAUGCAAGUCACACUCUCAAUUCAUAACCCAAACAACAGAAUCGGAAUUUACUAUCAAAAACUCCACGUGUACGGCUCUUAUAAAAACCAGCAGAUCUCACUCCCCACGGUAAUUCCUGACACUUACCAAGGUCAUAAGGAUUUUACCGUUUGGUCGCCGUUUAUUUACGGCGUUGGUGUUCCCGUUUCGCCGUCUAGACUUAGCGCUUUAGUACAAGAUGAGAAUAACGGAAUGGUUUUGGUCAACGUUAAAGUUAACGGAAGGGUUAAGUGGAAAGUAGGGAGUUGGAUCUCUGGAAGGUACCAUAUUUUUGUUAACUGUCCGGCUUAUGUUAGGUUCGCCGGUGAUCGGAAUAAUGGGAUCGGAGUUGUUGCUCCGGCGGUUAAGUUUCAGCUUUUGCAAAGUUGUAGUGUUGACGUUUAGUCAUCAUGAGUGUAAGGAUUUUAGUUUUUCUUUUUUUCUUUUAAUUUUCUGUUAGAAUUAUUGUUAGAUCAUGCGCUUCAUCGUGCUACUUUUGCUGUUUACAAAUUUCUUACUAUUUUUAUUUUCCUUAGUAUUUUAGUUAAUUUUGUUUUUAGGAGUAAUUUGUUAGAUAUAUAAUAAGUUUUAUAUGAAAAAAACUACAUCAACAAAGAU